ACAUGCUGUAUUCACAAUUCAUAGAAAAAUGAAUGUUUGAUAGAUUCGAUAAAUCUAUUUAGUUUUGAUUUCUCAUGUAAUUUCAAGCUUUAUAUAAAUAAUUUAUAUAAAUUUCGCGAGUAUGCAUGUCGGAGAAAAGCAAAUCGCUCAAGCUGCUCCUUGUGAAUUGAACACCAUUCAUCCUAUUGUAAGAAAUGAACAAUAUCAACAAGCAGAUGAUUUUGGCUUGCACAGAAAAAUCUUUGAUGAGCUCAAGUAUUCUAAUAGAAAGGAUAGAUUUGCAUUGGCUCAAAGAAAUUUGUCUCUUCAAUCAAUGAAUGUAAUCGAUACAGAAAAAUUUCCGAAUACGUCAAGCAAGACAGAAAAUUCAUUUGCCAGAAAAUAUGAUACAUCCAUAUCUGAAAGCAACGUGAUUCAACAACUUGAAUAUAUCUCAUGGAAAUAUAAAAAUCCAUAUAGCAUUUCUAUUAAUAAUCAUAUGGAUAGUAAAAAAUCCAUUAAUACAUUAGAGAAUGUUCUCAAAGAGGACGAGCCUCAGGAAGGAAGAACAAAGCGAAGCAUUCUCUCUGAUUGUCGAGAAUACUUAGCUACCUAUCAAGAAUCCUGUGGUACACCGCGCACUGAAUAUUCUUACGCUGCCUUGAUUGUAGUUAUGGCUCAAGCUACGGCACGAUCUCUUCUGGCAUUAAUAUAUGUGAUCGUUAAUGUCGUUCCUGUUAUUAAAAUGUUUUCUUUCAUAUUGAGAUUUGUGUUGGACAAGAUAAUCAACAUACGCAGGACCAAGAAUUUUCAGCAAGCGACAGUGAAAUUUACAAUCCUCAUCAUACAAUUGUUUAGCAUAUACAUUUGUCUUAUAUUUAUAUUUAGCUUUAUCAUUUUGCCGAUUAUACAAAUGAUAAUUAACAUUGCAGCUAAACUUGUAAUGCAUAAUGAAAUUGCGAUAUUGUAAAAUAUGAAUAAAAUUAUAUGACGGUG